CUUUAGCGUCCCCGCGCCGUGCCGGUUCAGAGUCCCGGUGGACCGCCGGAACACCAAACCGCGCCUCUCGCUAUCCACCGUCACCCGACCCAAAAUAUUUGGCGAGGGAGAAUUCCGGCGAUCGAAGCCUUUAAUUGGAAAAAAAUUCUCGUCCCAAUGCGUGCAAACCCUACAGAUUGCGGCUCAAACUAGGGUUUUGAUCCUGUUGCGGGGCUUCUUCUUCCUUUGAAAGCAUCAAGAUAGCAACUUCUGGAGUGGCUUAGAAAUAUACGUAAAUUAUAAAGCAGGUCUUACAGUUGUCUGUACUGGCAGUCAUGUCAUCUAGUGAUCCUGAGUCUAGUGAUCCUCAGAAUAUUGAAGAUAUGAUGGAUAUCAAUGAAGAUGCUGAUGACUAUGCUCAGCAUUUAUCAAAGCCGAGCGUAUCUGUUGCUAGCAGUGUCUAUGAACUCCUAGAAUGUCCUGUUUGCUUGAAUGCUAUGUAUCCACCCAUCCAUCAGUGUUCAAAUGGUCAUACAUUGUGUUCUGGAUGCAAGUCUAGAGUAUUCAAUAAGUGUCCUACUUGCAGGCAUGAAUUGGGUAAUAUUAGAUGUCUUGCUUUGGAGAAAGUGGCAGCUUCUCUUGAACUUCCAUGCAAAUAUCAGAACUUUGGUUGUAAUGGGAUUUAUCCUUACUAUUGCAAGCUGAAACAUGAAUCACUAUGCGUAUAUAGACCCUACAAUUGUCCAUAUGCAGGAUCUGAUUGCACUGUUGUAGGUGAUAUUCCUCAUUUGGUGAGUCAUCUGAAAGACGAUCACAAGGUUGACAUGCACAAUGGAAGCAGUUUCAACCACCGAUAUGUCAGAUCAAAUCCAGAUGAGGUUGAGAAUGCCACAUGGAUGCUAACGGUAUUCAGUUGCUUUGGCCAGUACUUCUGCCUUCAUUUCGAGGCUUUCCAGAUGGCCAUGGCACCUGUUUACACAGCAUUCUUGCGCUUCAUGGGGGAUGAGUCUGAGGCUAAAAACUAUAGCUACAGCCUUGAGGUUGGCGGUAAUGGACGCAAGAUAAUAUGGCAAGGGGUGCCUCGAAGCAUAAGAGACAGCCACAAGAAGGUACGUGAUAGCUACGAUGGUCUUGUUGUCCACCGAAACAUGGCCCUUUUCUUCUCUGGCGGCGGCGAUAGCAGAGAAUUGAAGCUGAAGGUGACAGGGAAGAUCUGGAAGGAACAGUGAGGAGUCUCUCAUCUAGAUGGUCCAUAUACUUCUGUCUUUCCUGAUCAAGUAUUCUUGCAUAACUGAAGGCAAGCUCAAUUUGCUUGCAGGGAUGCAUGAAUAUUUGAGUGGAAAAACAAUCUGUUACAUUAUAAAGGGUACACAUGCUAUGCCAAGGAUAUAUUGAACCUGCUGCUGAUUGUAUUUUAUCAUGCUCAUCCAAGUCAAAACUCGUUUUGUUAGAGAAACAUGGAAAGAUUGUGCUUGCUUUGGAGUGUUCUUUAACAUAUGCCCUGAAUGAAAUAGGUAAUUUGUUCCAAAGCUCA